GGUGGUAAAGUGUAAAAGCGAACUUGGAACAGGAAGGGUCUCUAUAGGAACUAUAGCUAUCGUUAUCAUACAUAACAACUUGGAUUAACAGGUUAACUCUUAAGGAUGUAUAUGAACUAUAUAACGUAUUUGAGAAACACAAAGAGGUCGAAUGUGUAUAAAUGCAUUCAGUUUUAGCUAACGCGCAAAAACAAGUGUACGGAUGCUUAUAUCGCCUUGAGUGUGUUAUGAGGGUUAGUCUCAAACCAACACCUGUGGAUACUAUUUAUUUGGAUUUAUAUACGAGAGAAAACGAUACACGUCAAGAGGACGUCAGGGACUUCUGUUGUAAUUGUUUGGUCAAAUAUUGCGGCGUCUGUAAGAGGAUAUAAGUCGCCGGGGGGUAAUGUAAUGUCAGAUCGAACAGAGCGGCAAACCGGCCGUGAUUGAUGGGCAUCUACAGACACUCUUGAUGUGGUCGGUGCUGACAAAGGCGUGUAAAAACACUUGAUACGCAUUGACAAAAGAAGCUCCUAACACCAUUGUGUAAUGCUCCGAGAUUGCUUUAACAAAUCAGCAGACGACUCCGUUUUUUGGGGCGAUUAAAGUAAUGUACGCGUAAUCCUCGCAAAUGUAAAACGAAUUUUAAAUAAGUUUGAGAACAGCAACUAUUUAUAUUGCGAUACAAUAUACCUCUCCCCGGGUCAUAGAUUGAUUGUGGGCAAGCCAAGGACCCGCGCAUGGGACCUUAAAUGAUUUGGACAACCCUGAUGAAAGCCUUCUGGCGCAAUGAGCCGAAACGCCGGGAGUACCGUUCUGUCAGUCUUGCGCCACCAUGGCAACUGGACGACAGCAGCGAUGAUGACGAUUACGAUGACGUCAUACAGUUAGAGAUUCUCAACCAUGACGCCACACGACCGCUUCUUGAAAUCCGAGAAACAGAUGUAGAUCAUGAGUUGCGGCAUGCAGACGGUGUAGACAAUGGGACGUUGCGGCCUGGUUUCCUUGACGGCGGGGACGCGCACCUGCCACCGCCCAGCCCUGGGGUGCUGUCAACAGCGUCCGCCUGGAGCGAUUUGCUCAACAUCGCCCCCUCACGGAAGUCAUCCGACGCCGGACUCAGUGUGGUUUCAAGGAUGUCUAAUGUGAGUAGCAGUCUGUCCGAGCAGCUACGUCACUUAGUGCGGGCGUUCAGCAGUCGUACAGAGAAGGUAAAGGAAACGACGCUCCAGCCGCCCUCUCCUUCCUCACUGUCAGACUACGCCGGCUCGGACGCUAUGUCAGCCAUAUCAACGGAGCUGCAGUUCCGUCAUCGUUUGGACUCGUUUUUUCCGGACCAGGCCGAAGGCGACACGAUUUCCGAGAUCGUGCGUUUCCGUGAGGAGCUGGAAAUAGAGAAAACGAAGAUAUACAAACUCCCGCGAUGGAUCCGAAAAUUGCGCUUCCCACACGUCAUUGAACCGCAGAGCAAACUGUACCUGUUCUGGCUGUUUAUCGUGACGCUGGCGUUUAUGUAUAACGCGUGGGUGAUCCCGCUGCGAGCGGCGUUCCCGUACCAGACGUCAGGGAACGUGAUGUACUGGCUGGUCGCCGACUACACGUGUGACCUUGUCUACAUCGUGGACAUCCUGCUGUUUAAAAUGAGGAUCAGCUUCCUCAACAGCGGCCUUAAGGAGACACACAGAUCCAAGACGCGGGCCAACUACUUCCAGAAAAGAAUAUUUAAGUUUGAUGUGGCGUCCUUGUUGCCACUGGAUCUGCUUUACCUGAUAGAGAUGAAGGUCAACCCAUGGUGCCGCCUACCCAGGCUACUUAAGAUUCAGACGUUCUGGGAGUUCUAUUCUAGAUGCGAUCAUCUAGUGAGGUCAGCUCAUGCCGUCAGGAUCGUGAAGACGUUCACGUACAUGUUGUUUCUCAUCCACGUAGAGACGUGUGGCUACUACUCCAUCUCCGUCUACGAGGGAUUCAACGCCAACAGAUGGGUCUACGACGGAACUGGCAACGCGUACAUCCGUUGUUUCUACCUGGCGACAAAGACAGCGACCUCUAUCGGGAACAACCCCAAACCAACAAACACCCUCGAGUUCUCCUUUAUGACCAUUUACUGGGGCUCCGGCGUCUUUGUAUUCGCCCUUCUCAUCGGACAGAUCCGUGACAUCGUGGACGCGGCUAACAUGGUUACGACGACGUACACCCAGCGGAUGGACGCGGCGCUGCAGUAUGUGAAGAACAUGAACCUGCCACAUGAAACACAGGACCGCGUGCGCACGUGGUUCAUAUACAACUGGCAGCAACAGAAGGUCAUAGACGAGCGUCAGAUGAUGGACGCGCUACCUAUGAAGCUGCGGAAGGACCUUGCCAUCCAUGUCCACUUCAACACGCUGAGCAAGGUGAAACUAUUCUCGGACUGCGACAAAACGCUUCUGUAUGACCUUGUUCUCAAACUCCAGCCCAUCCUCUACCUGCCCGGGGAUUACGUCUGUAGGAAGGGUGAAAUCGGUAAGGAGAUGUAUAUCGUGAGCCAGGGUAUCGUGGAGGUGGUCGGAGGGCCCAACAACACGCUGGUACUCGCCACUCUGAGGGAGGGAUCCGUCUUCGGGGAAAUAAGCCUGUUGGCAAUGGCGGCCGAGGGUAACCGGCGGACAGCGGACGUGCGCUGCAAGGGCUACACCAACCUCUUCAUCCUGUCCAAGGCGGACUUCGAGGCCGCCAUGAAGGACUAUCCGGACGCCCACAAACUCCUUAAGAAACGAGCAAAGAAGUUAUUGCGUAUGAAUGCGCGUAUCGAGCGCCAGUCGCAGUGUUCAAUGGACAAUACAAAAAUCAGCGCAACCGACAUCAUCCGAGCCCAACCGGAAACGCCAAAAUUGGUCAAAACCGUUCUACAGGUGAUGAACCCGGAGUCUACCCUGGUCCGGAAAUUAAGCGACCGGCGACGAACCCCAGAGGGCGGAGCAGACAACGACUCGGUUCACAAGGCGGACUCGAAGGGCAACACACGCCACCACUCGCCCAAACCUGAGGUGGGUAAGCGGACGACCCCGGAGACGAGGGAAGAGGUGGAGGUUUUCUACGACGACUUCCUGUCUACGAAGGACUGGAGCGGCAUCAUUAUUGACAGCGAGGAGGAUAGACCAGGAUUCGCAGGCAACGGUGACGCUAAUGAUUCGCAAUCGGAUACCAAAAAAGACAGCAAAGAAUCUUUCCCGGAAUUAGUAAAGUUCCAGGAGAUAUAUGAAAACGAUGAAGAGCGGCCGACCCUGGACGGCUUCAACUACUCGUUGCCUGGAAGUGCUGCCGCCAGCGAGUCUCUUUGCCCUACCCCCUAUUCGCGCGAGGACACCAGCGUCACCGCCGACAUGUUCGGCGACAUCGAGUCCUGCACGCACAACAAGCAGACACAAGGCUCGGCCAGAAGCCAGAGGCAGACGAACCGGGAACCAGGCUCCGGCCGGAAGAGCUGUCUCAGCAAGAGUUUACGGGAAGACGAGUACGCACACUCGCUGGCGAAUGGUUUCACGAUCAUUAUUGAUUCAGUGGACGAUGAUGAUAUAGACGCGGAUUUUGACAUUAUUGAUGAUAAAGAUGACACACCCGUGGAAAAUAGUGCCAGUAUCGAAACUGUAGACGAAGUUAAAGUUGCCAAAUCUGUGACAUUUCAAGAUCAAAAUGAAACGGGCAAUAAAGAAGCGGUAACUGUAGAAACCAAUCAGCAACACGAGCAUGUGAAAGUGGAGGUAACUUCUGAACAGCAAAGUAAUCAUAAACCUAACAUGCAUAAGUCUGGAGCAUCUGUUUACAUAAGCAAUUCCAAGAAAAUUGCUAUAAAACCACCACCAGGCGGUAAAGCAAAACCUGUCAAAAAUAAGCUAGGGUUGAAACUAAAACUUGACUCAGACAAAGUGGGGCCAAUCUCGCCAUAUUCUCAAAAGUCGCAAUCAACCAAAGGCAAAUCUCAUACUAACAGGGCAAGGGAACAUCGUAAUUGCCCAGACAAAGAACUUCUGCCGAAUGGAAAUGUAACAGAGGAAAGACCAAAUAUAACACAAACGCCAUCAACAGAAAUAUGUGCGAAUAAAGGCCCAGAGGAAAUACCUAUGGCAUUUUCAAAAGACAAACAAGACAAAGGCAUAGUUAAUGUUGCUAGUGCCCCAGAAGAAAACAGGGUGAAUAACUCUAGGGCGGAAAUGCAACCAGAAUCAUCUGGGCAGGAGAGUGUUCCCUCGCCAACACAGGAAGUGGAAGACCCUGGCUGCCUUUCUCCGGAGUCUGUGACCCGCCAGCGAAAGAUCAGCGUCAUCUCUAUUGGUUCCGUGCUCAAGGACGGCCGGGAAACACUCGUGUGAUCUAUUCCACGUGCCCUUUCCCUCGGGAGAAGUGCAAUUAAGUGGAUAGUAAUUUCUUUAGCAAUUAACUGUUAUGUUAAAAAUUUGACAUGUGUAAUGGGGUUUUGGAUUUACAGAGAAACACGCACGUAACCAGUGCCAUGCUUAUUGUGUCAUCAGUUCAAUACAAGUGGAAUUUAAUGGAAAUAUGAUCAGAAAUAUGAAAUCUGAUAUGUUCGCCAUCACCAGUUCGUGUUGAUAACAUUACUGGUAUUAUGUUGAUUAAUUCAAUAAUACUUUAUUAUUUUUAAAAGUUAUCAAU